GGGGUGGAACCCCGCUUCGGAGUCCUAAGGGUCCGUGACGUCACGCAGAAGCCGUAUAAAUACGCUCGAAAGCCACCGUAAAAUCAUUCACUUUCGUAUCUUACGUCAGUAGAGCUUCGCUGUUAGUGCACAAAAUGAGUUUCCACGUCGAAGAAGUUUUGAACAAUUCCAUCAAUGACAACAAGGUCAACGAUAGGAAAACCAAGUCGCCGAUGCAUCAGAUCAAGAAGUUGAUAAAGUGCGUGCUGCGCAGGAGCAACAAGAACACCUACGUCAAGAGCCCGCAGCCCACUUACUUCCUGGAAGAAGACGAGGUCAGCGACAACAUCGCCAAUGAAAUUCUGGAGAACGAGAUUUUCGAGGAGAUUGACCACUGCGAGGACUUCUCCGCCGUUCCUGUCUACAACGAGAGCGGAGAAAUGGACUUCCUGCCAGUGGAGCGAGGUCAAAGGUACAUUCCCGUUCACUUUGCGAGGACAGAGGCCGGUACAUUCUUCUGGACUUCGGUUGCUGGGCCAGAUUCUGACAUUUGCUGCCGCGGGGACAAGAAUGCUAUCUGCAAUUAUCAAACUGCAGAGUUGCAAGUGCCCAGCGAUAGAUGGGCCCAAGCCUAAAUCAUUUUUUGGGGAAGAAUGAUUUCCAGUCCUGUGAUGACCCAGUGCCUUACCUCCAAUUUUGUGAUGGAUUUGCUCAAGUUAUUUUUCUCUUUCAUUUUUUUUUUGACUGAUGUCGAUGUGAUAUGAUAGUUUUAAUCAUUGUAUAAUUUUAAUUUGGCAGAUUUUUUUAUCUGUUUGUGAUACAAG